AUGAUCGAUGUUGUGGAAGAGCGACUUUCUCAAACUGACGCGCUCCUGCACACGACGCCCAUCACCUGCUUUAAUCGAGCUCGAGCUCAUGCUUCGCGUUUCCAGGUUCCGGAGAAUCCCCCGCAAGGCUUCCUCUAUGGUUUGCCCGUUCUGAUCAAAGAUGCUGAGGCAGUGGAAGGAGUACGCUUUACGGAGGGCUCACUCAUUUAUGCCAGCCGGAUACCUGAAAAAAGCUCUGCACUAGUGACGCAGCUUGAAGCCAGGGGUGCCAUUGUUGUAGGAAAAACAAACGUCCCAGAAUUUUGUGCGGGUUCUCAGAGCUUCAACUCGCUGUUUCCGACGACUGUCUCUCCCUGGGACACGCGAACCACGGCUGGCGGCAGCAGCGGAGGAAGCUGCUCGGCAGUUGCCGCCUGCCAAGGCUGGCUUGCUACGGGCUCUGACUUAGGGGGCUCUCUUCGCACGCCUGCGGCCUUUUGCGGAGUGGUGGGCUUCCGAGUGUCUCCUGGCCGCGUUCCUAGGGAUGGAAGUCAUGGAUGGGAUUUUGCUCCACCAGCCUUAAAUCCGGGUGAGACUUUUGAGGCAGCUGCGAUUGCCGGAAACGAGCAGGGUGCCACUGUGAGGGUUGGCUUCUCGACUCUGGGCUACAAGUACAACCCAGCCGUCGAGGAGCUGUGUCGGAAAGCAGCUGAUUUGCUAGCAUCAGGCGCUGGAGCCAAAGUGCAAGACAUCUCGAGUGACAUUGAUUUUGGCAAAGCUGAAGACCUGUUUCUGAUCCUGCGCGGCAACACAUUUGAACAAAAGUAUGCUGCCUUCUUACAGGACACGAACAAGAAACAGCUCAUGAAGCCGGAAGUUAUUUGGAACGCGUCGAUUGCUUCGACUUUGGGGCUUGCGAAGAAAACGCACGAAGCGGAAAGCAACUUGAGGAAGCAGUUUGAGCAGGUACAAGAGCUUUUCCGUUCCAUGGACAUUCUAUGUGUGCCGGCAACACUGGAUGCAGCCUUUGACGCUGAAGUUCGCUAUCCCGCAGAGCAGCUUGGUCAGACUUUCUCAAACUACUUGGGCUGGAUGAUGCCGGCGUGUAUAGUCACGACUUUCUUGUGCCCUGCUCUGGUGAUGCCCUGCGGCUUCCUGGAGGAUGGUCGGCCUGUGGGCUUGCAGCUGGUCGCGGCCUAUGGAGAGGACGCGGCACUGCUCCGCGCUGCAGCCGCACUGGAAAAGUUGCUCGGGUUGCCACAAGGCUGCCCGGAGCCACGACGUGGCACCGUGGAGCUGAACACGAAAGGUCCUUGGUCUGCAGAGGAUGCCGCCCGACACCAUGGCCUUUGA